CCAAUGGGACGAGCUCGCGCGCUCCAGGCCGACCAAUGGGCACCGAGGACCGCGACGAACCGCGCCGCUCCACACUCCUCUCCGCGAGCGUGCGACGAAAAAAAAGAGGGCGAAGAGAAGAGGAAGAGAGAACGCCACCACCACCACUAGCACCGACGUCGACCUCGUCCUCUACCAACGACAUCGACGUCGACAUCGGUGCGAAAUAAUCGGCAGUGGCACCACCACCAUCGUCGCUCGAACCACCAGUAGCACCACGACCGCGUUGCCGCGCCUCGUCGCGACGAUUUUCACCCGAAAAAAACACGCUAGAUCCUUCGUUAGUGCCUUCCUCCGCGACGUAAACGAUCGUACACUACUCGUCACGCGAUCUACAUUCGCGUAGAGUCGGACAGAGGAUCUCUCGAUCGCCAAACUUUCAUCCGGAGCGCGCAGUGUCGGUGGUUUGGAUAAGUUCGCAACGAUGUUCGACGACAGUGCACAGUUCGAGUAGUGAAGAAGUCUGGGUGACUCGCGUCAUCGGUCAUUGUUUCACCUGGAGUACGCGUACCUGGAAAGUCGCCGCGAGUACUCAUGAAUGGAAACUCGGCCAACGGGGACAUGAAUGAAGCGCGGCCGAUCAAACAACCAUCGAGUGGCGAUCGUUCGAGCGGAUGCUUACUUUCGUCACGAGUUAUUCAUCCGUAGAUACGCAAUCGUUCCCGUUCCCUGAUCGAUAACGCGACGGCCGAGCUAGCGCUGAUCGGCUACCUGGCCUGGGUAAGCUUGGCCCGACGGACACCUCGUGCAGUGCUUAAAGGACGAGCAAAACUUUGUUUUAAAGGUAUUUGUUAGCGAGGAUACGCGUUUUGGAGAGAACUGAGCCGACGGAGGCCCUCCAGGAGGGAGUAGAAGUGAUUUACUGUGUGAUGGCUACUUAAUUUGAGGAAGACUCGUUCGUCUAACUCGUGCAUUCUUCAAUCAAAAGCGAUACUACUCAUUAUUGUACACAAUCAUACCAAUUCUUCUAAUCGUGAUUACCAUGCCGAAGAAAACUACAUCGAGAACUACCUAGUACCUCUCAAAAGGACAUCCAGAGUGUCUUCAGAGUACUCCAAUAUCAUCUAUUAUCGCAUCUAUCCUAGAAGAGACUCGAGCAACCAAAAAUCUCAUUCAAGAUUCUUCUACCCCCAAAUUUCCAAAGAAGACUCAUCCCGCGAACACCUUGGAAGAAAUGCGCCUCGACUGAUCGCGGUCUCGCGGGAAGCGGGCGAAUCGAGCGAGGAUGUCCGACUGCUCGGAUCAAUUGUCAUCGCCGAACAGCGACUGCAACAGCCAGAUGGGCGCCGUGCAUCGAAAUGCAUCGGUCGGACAGUACAACAGCUCGUCGAUGCCCGGAUUAUCCCUGACCCAUCAUUCCCAUCCGCAAAAUCUGACGCCCACCUCGAACGGGAGCCCACAGUACCCCCAGGAGCUGACCACUUGCAGCUCCAGCAACGCGUCCACGAAUAUUGGAAACAUCGGUGGCCUGUCCCUGGGAAGCGCGAGCAGUAACUUUACUCCGGAGCAGAUAUCUUGCAUGUGCGAGGCGUUAUCGCAGAGUCAGGAUAUCGAGAAGCUCACGAGGUUUCUGUGGUCGCUGCCACCCGGUGAGCUGCUCCGCGGUGGCGAAAGCGUCCUGAUGGCGAGGGCUGCGGUGGCUUUUCACCGAGGUGCCUACCACGAGCUCUACUCGAUCCUGGAGAGUCACCCGUUCUCGCCCCGUCGCCACCCGGAGCUCCAGCAGAUGUGGUUCAAAUCUCACUAUCGCGAGGCAGAGAAGAUCCGCGGUCGCUCCCUGGGCGCCGUGGACAAGUACAGGCUGAGGAAGAAGUACCCGUUGCCCAAGACGAUCUGGGACGGCGAGGAGACCGUUUACUGCUUCAAAGAGCGCUCGAGGAACGCGCUGAAGGAGUGCUACACGAGGAACAGGUACCCGACGCCCGACGACAAGAAGAACCUCGCCAAGAAGACUGGCCUCACCCUCACCCAGGUCUCCAAUUGGUUCAAGAACAGACGGCAGAGGGACCGAACACCACAGACGAGAACGGACAUGAUGCCGUUGAACUGCCAGAGCAGCACGAGCAACGCGAUGAACAAUUCCGUCGGCAACUCUGUCAGCAAUGGAGGGAUACAGAGCAUACAAUCGUUGCUGAGCAUCGACUCUGAUAGCCCAAACCUCGCGACGUCGCCGUUAUCGACGAUGGGGAUGUCCCCCGUGGGCAUGAACCCUUGCAGCCCGAUGGGCAUGAGUCCCAUGGCCCCCCACCACCACGGAUACGCGGCACCCGUCACCCCCUCUUCUGUGCACACCGCGCAUCCCCACAACGGGGGGCUCAGCCCCAUGAAUGACGUCAAAACGCUCUGCUACGGUCGCGGAGUCUACGAGACUGGGAAAGACGCUGAGCAGAGCUCGGUGUACUACUCGAGCCACUCGAGCAUGCACCACCAGUACUACCAGCAGACGCAUCAUCAGAUGAUGUCCACCGCCCACCACCACCACCACCAUCACCAGCAGACCAUGCCAGCCGGUUACGAGAUCAUGCUACCACCCCCGCAGCACUCGAUGUGACCGACGGAAUACGAGACGGAUCGCAACGAGAACAUCAAUCACCAACACUGCCAGGACGACGUCUUCGCGCGAGUGCACGCGUUCGCCUGACUCGACGUCUCCAUAUUUGAGCCAGUGACGCGUAUCGAUAAUCGACAAAGCACCUCGCCCUCGAUCGCGACCUAACUAUCGAUAAACAAUCCGAGCGUGAAAUUCAGAAAUUUUCAACAGAUUUCUGAUCGAACUCGACGAAUGACAAUUCGCGUUUUCGUUCGAGGUGAAAGUUUCGGGGCACGAUCUAGCCAAUGUACGCGCGACUAUGGUGGUCUCAUAAAGAACCAUCGCUGUGCCGCGUUCGCCAAUGGAAGGGCGAGAACGUUCGUAAAUGUUCUGGGAGGAGCUCGGAAGAACUGGUUUCGUUCACCCUCUGUAAAGGUGCGCGAUCGACGCCAAUGCGAUGGCGUUCAGCUGCUCCCCCGGCUCUAUGGGCGUCUAAUGAUCGCACAAAAAACGACCCUGUAAAGAAUGUAAAUCGAUAUCGCGAAAACCUCGGCUCUGUGUCGUCGAGGAACGAGCGAAUUCAACUUUAAUGUCUUUGGGAGACUAAUCGUUCGCGUCGAACGGCGUCCGAUCGUGGAAAAGACAAGUUUCCGACGAUGCAAAUGUUAGACUGUAUUAAUACCGAGCCACGAAGGUGUAUCUCAAACAUUUGCUUUCUUUUCGUUAGCAUUUGACACUGAACUACUCCGUUUAUUUAUGAACUCAGCAUCCUACUUUUAUAACGGUCACCAAAAACACCAGACACGUAAAUAAAAGAGAGAUACGCCUGUUCGGCUCCGAGUGACGGUAUGGAAGCGUCUAAGCUUUAGACUUUAGACUCUAAAGCUUCGCACAGUGCGAAAGGAUUUUAGUCUUGCGAGGAUAUCGUUCGCGUCGAACGGUGUCUCAUCAAGUUUGUAAAUGAAACACAAAAUUUCUACGAUCUUCGAGGUGGCUACAUCUACGUCUACGAGUUAUGGGAAUAAUCGAUAGGGUAAGGAAAAUUAAACUGACAAGAUUCUCGGCGUAACGUUUGCACGGGAUUAUCGAUGGUGUACAUAUAAGACGAAAGACAACGUUCGUUUCUAAGUGUAAAAUAUAUUUUUGACUGCAAAAUGACGCGCGCUGAGCACGCAUUUUGGACGGUUCGAAAUUAGCAUUGCGCGUCUUGAAAAGAAACAGAGGAUCUCUCGUAAACGAUAUAUCGCUUUGACAGACAGUAAUUGUAAAAUUAUGUGAUGCGCGUUAGAUGUAUAGUAAAUAAACCAUGGAUGCGUGAAUUACCUUCUAUCCUUUAUUGAACAAAAUAUUCUAGCUGUGAAUUCAAAUUGAUUGCGGUAUAGAAUAGACGGGGCACGAAUUAUUAGGUUGUCCCAAAAGUUUCUUCCGUGACUUGCACUCAAUUAUUUUGUGUGGCAGUGUUUAUAUAUAUAUAUAUAUAUAUAUAUAUAUAUAUAUAGACAACCUAAUUUCUUAGAUGUUAAUAUAGUAUAACAGUAAUGGAGUAAAAUGAAUCGUACGCAAUUUAAUAAUGUAACAUUAAACAUAAAAUAUUGUGUAUGUAUUACUUAUUAAUGAAAUGGAAGAAACUUUUGGGUCAAUCUAAUAUUAUACUCUCUGAACAUCGCUUACCGACGAUAGGACGGUUAUCCGACACCAUCUGUCGGUAACAUUUUCUCCAGGCUUCUUGGAGAGACAUGCUAACCAGCAGUGAUACGUUCUAGACGAGUCUAAAUUUUUUAAUCUGACCUAUACGAUUAAUAGCAAAAUGAAACUCUAGUUGCACAAAACACACUCUCCGAAAUACUACCAAAUUAUGGAAAUUUUGUUUCAGAUAACAGUCUUGUCCAUACGUGCAUUAAUACUUUUAGUAUACCAUCUUUAACCUAUUGAGAGAUAUUUACACAUACGUGUACGUUUUCUUUUAUGUCAAAAUUAUCAUUUUUAUGUAAAUCGAUUUACAGACAACAAUUAAUUUGCGUGUAAUCGAGUACAGCAAAAAAAAAAAAAAGGAAAAAAUAUAUGAGGUUAACUUCACAUGUAAGCAUGUCGACGCUAAUCGGUCUGAAAUGUAAUAAUUCCGCGAAUUCUGGAAGUUGACUAAAUUCGUUGACUCAAUUCGAUUAUUUAUCAGAAAAAAGGAAUUAUUGAGAAUACCUGUAUCGUGCAAUCCUCGCGAAAUGAUGAAGGGGUUGAAUUGUUCGCCAGCCAGCUGUACCUCGCUUAUACAAUAUCACAUAUCAACAAUUUUAUUUAGUCUCGUUUUAUUUAACAUACAAGAGCUAUCUUUAAACAUGACGCACGAUUUUAAUAUGCAUACGUGUCCGCACAUAUUAAAUAAGUCUAGGUUACACUGAUAUGAUUUCGUUACGGUGAAACUGUACAAAGAUCGCGCAAACACGAGACACUUGUCUCACUUGUCUCUUACUAAGCGGUUUCGCGCGUUUCUACCACUUUUCCGCCCCCAUGUUCGAUUAUCGUUCGAUCUUUAUAUCGCGAAUCUUCUAGGACUCUUCGACGAUUACGUAUUCGAGAUGAACGUUCCUGCACUCCUUUAACCGUUUCCUUACCGUUUUCACCUAUCAUCGAUCAUUGUCGUUUCUCUUCUCGAGAAGGAAAACAGUAGACAUUGCCGAAACUCGAGGCUUUCAAGAAUUUCAUUAGGACCAUACCAAAGAAAAGAUUCUACGCGAUACUCAAGACUAUCGAUAGAUUGAUUAGUAUCACGGUGGAAUAUCGAUCGCUGUUCGAGUCGAUCUAUACUUCUCGAGAACAGAGACGACAAAUCUGUCUAAAACUUCCAUUUCUCUCACGGCGAAUGCAACAUUGCGAAAAUUCAAUUACUUUUUGCAUUCCGUGAAAAAAAAUGAUCAGUAUUCCCAUGGUCGAAUUAAGACAGGUGCUUUAUUACGUGCACUGUUGUAUGAUAUUUUUAUCGUAUUGUAAAGCGAAUUAUUCCCAAUGUUUACGCUACUGAUCAUUUUAAUGACCUUUCGUAACUGUCCAAGAAUUACAUCAGACUUUUGAGUUGCACUUUUAAAUUAUGUUAAAAAUGAUUCUAUUAGAAUCCCAUUCGGAAGCAUAAUCGAAGGAAGGUAGUUCCUGAAGUCCAGGCGCUCCAGUCUUAAUUCGACGUUGGGUAAACACUAGGCCUGCAGAAAACUCGAAUGUUUCGAGUUGCUCGCGAGCCGAGUCGAGCUGAGACCCAGUUUUCGAUCCGAGUCGAGUACUCGGAAGAAACGAGCAGCUCGAAGGAACCGAGUAGCUCGGACAGAAGCGAGCGGCUCGAAAGAACCGAGUAGCUCGGACAGAAGUAAGCGGCUCGGAUUAUCUAUUUCAGGCGUGUGAAAGAAAUCGAACAGCUCGAACGGUUCAGGUACAUUCAAUGAAUACAUAUUCGCAUUCGCUGAAUUCACACACAUUCAUUCAUUGAAUGUACUUAAAUCGUUCGAGCUACUCGGUUCUUUCGAGCGACACGCUUCUCUCCGAGCUACUCGGUUCCGUCGAGCUGCUCGUUUCUUCCGAGUACUCGACUCGGACCGGCCAUUCGAGCCGAGUAAAACUCGGCUCGUCUUUUCCGAGUACUCGAACAGCUCUAGUAAACACCAUGGCGUACGUCGAAGAACUGCCCAUCCGUCUACACCAGAAUUGUUGCUUCCGAACGCAUCUCGCACACGGUAAGGAGAAUUCGAGAAACAAUUUCGGUUCGCGUGUAAACGUCGCGCGAACUUGUUGCGUCGAAUGCAUAUUGUCUUCAAGGUACAUGUACACGUACGAAAUACAGGCUUGGAGCUGAUCGACGAUCGCUCUGUAUUAGGUACGCACGCGCGUCUGAUCGCGCGUACGCGAGUAACUUUAGUAUUACUAGACGAUAGAGACGAUAGGUUAUAUAAGAUAUUACAGUAAGACGAGAGUGUCACAUUGAAAAAAUAUAUAUGUAUGCGUUAAUUUAGAAGAGGAGGAACGAUAAGACGAGUCUCUACGUGAGCGCGCGUGCGCGCGCGUCUAACUACAUGCACGGAUAUGUAUAGUCAACCUUCGGAGCAGAGACGCAGAAUUAUUAUUCGAAUACUAACACGUCGAAUAAAAACAUCCCGUCGCGAUACGUCUUUGCGACGAUUGUUCCAGGUAAGCUUUCAUUCGUUUCAAAUGGAAUAUCAUUUUUUAAAUCGGUUGUAAUUUUCAGGUGACGUUCGUAUUUAGAUAAUAAUUUUGCUUAUCUCUGCUUCAGUGACGAAUCCGGUUAACCUGCAUUGCUACGACGAUCGUGGUGACACGUGAAACCUGGCACACGCAGAGGAUAUGUUUGCGCACGUCGGCGCCCGUGUUUCUUCGUUUCUUUUUCUCGUGCGUUUUCUGCAUUUAAUUACUUCUUCUCGCGUUUAUUGCAGGUCUUCCGCCGUCGUUUGUUUUUUUCUCUUUCGCGUUCGUUCAGAGGUUGUACUCAAUUUGACACCCUAACGCGGAGCUGAA